AUGGCCAGCCACGUGGACCUGCUGACGGAGCUGCAGCUGCUGGAGAAGGUGCCCACGCUGGAGCGGCUGCGGGCCGCCCAGAAGCGCCGGGCGCAGCAGCUGAAGAAGUGGGCGCAGUACGAGCAGGACCUGCAGCACCGCAAGCGCAAGCAUGAGCGGAAGCGCAGCGCCGGGGGCCGGAGGAAGAAGGUGACCUUCGAGGCCAGCGUGGCCCUGCUGGAGGCCUCCCUGAGGAACGACGCCGAGGAAGUGCGCUACUUCCUGAAGAAUAAAGUCAGCCCUGAUUUGUGCAACGAGGAUGGACUCACAGCCCUGCACCAGUGCUGCAUCGACAACUUCGAGGAAAUUGUCAAGCUGCUCCUUUCCCACGGUGCGAACGUGAACGCCAAGGACAACGAGCUGUGGACACCCCUGCAUGCCGCGGCCACGUGUGGCCACAUCAACCUGGUGAAGAUCCUCGUUCAGUAUGGGGCUGACCUGCUCGCUGUCAACUCCGAUGGGAAUAUGCCGUAUGAUCUCUGCGAGGAUGAGCCCACGCUGGAUGUCAUCGAGACGUGCAUGGCGUACCAGGGCAUCACUCAAGAGAAAAUCAACGAGAUGCGGGCAGCUCCCGAGCAGCAGAUGAUUGCAGACAUCCACUGUAUGAUCGCAGCGGGCCAGGACCUUGACUGGAUCGACGCCCAUGGUGCCACACUGCUGCACAUAGCUGGCGCCAAUGGAUACCUACGAGCAGCUGAGCUUCUCCUGGACCAUGGAGUGCGCGUGGAUGUGAAGGACUGGGAUGGCUGGGAGCCCCUGCAUGCGGCUGCCUUCUGGGGACAGAUGCAGAUGGCAGAGCUCUUGGUGUCCCAUGGGGCCAGUCUCAGUGCUAGGACAUCCAUGGAUGAAAUGCCAAUAGACCUGUGUGAGGAAGAGGAGUUCAAGGUCCUGUUGCUGGAGCUAAAACACAAGCACGAUGUGAUCAUGAAGUCACAGCUGAGGCACAAGUCGUCCUUGAGCCGGAGAACGUCCAGCACAGGCAGCCGUGGGAAGGUGGUGCGUCGAGCCAGCCUGUCGGACAGGACGAACCUGUACAGGAAGGAGUAUGAGGGCGAGGCCAUCCUGUGGCAGCAGCGGAGUGCAGCCGAGGAUCAGCGGACCUCAGCCUACAAUGGGGACAUCAGGGAGACCAGGACAGACCAGGAGAAUAAGGACCCAAACCCCCGGCUGGAGAAGCCCGUGCUGCUCUCUGAGUUCUCCACCAAGAUCCCACGAAGUGAAAUGGACAUGCCUGUUGAGAAUGGCCUCCGGGCUCCGGUCAGCACCUACCAGUAUGCACUGUCCAACGGGGAUGUCUGGAAAGUGCACGAGGUGCCCGACUAUACCAUGGUCUACAGCAGCCCCAGCAUGGCUGAUGCCACCCCACCCUGGAGUGGCUACAAGGAGCAGAGCCCCCAGACGCUUCUGGAGCUAAAGCGGCAUCGGGCGGCAGCCAAGCUGCUCAGCCACCCCUUCCUGAGCACCCACCUGGGCAGCAGCAUGGCCAGGACGGGUGAGAGCAGCAGUGAAGGCAAGGCCCCCUUGAUCGGAGGCAGAACUUCACCAUACAGCAGCAAUGGGACCUCGGUAUAUUACACGGUCACCAGCGGAGACCCCCCCUCUUGAAGUUCAAGGCCCCCAUUGAGGAGAUGGAAGAGAAGGUCCAUGGCUGCUGCCGCAUCUCCUAGUCUCCCUGUGACAGAGGAGAGAGAUGCUUUGGGGAGGGGUCCCUGGAAUCCAGGACAGCCCUGGCUGGGAGGCUUCAGAGGGCAGCUGCGGGGAGAUGGGCUCUGCUUUCCAGAGGAAUGCUGACCCCACCUCUCAGCCAGCUGCCCAUAGCAUCACCCCUUCCCGUGGUCUGCUUCCUGCUGCAUUGUCUGCCAUCAGAAACAAGGCCCCUAGGGGCUUCCCAACUCACCCUGCU